AGGGCGCCGGGGACGUGGCGGCGGCCGACUCGCGCCGCUGUCGCUCGGCCGCCGAGGUUGACUCCACCGCCGUCCAGCCGCCCCGCCCGGCCAGCGACAGCUCCAGCAAGCUCGACGAUAACAUCCACCUGACCGAGGAGGGGUACGAGGGCGACGGUGACAACAACUCUGACUCGGAGCACGAGCCGGCCGAGCGUAUCCUGCUGCCGGCCUUCUGGCUCAUCCUGUACGUCUCGGAGGAGGCCGUCGACACGUUCUUCCACUGCAGGUACCGACGUGAGGAUGUCUGUGACAACAAAGCAAUUCACGACCAGGUCAUUGCCAAGAUCAACCAGAUAUGCAAGGUGGUGAACCAGAUGCUGCUGCUGCAGGAGCUGGAGAGCUCCCGCUUCUGCGACAACCUGCUAGAGCCGGAAUCGAGCGCCGACCUGUGGCAGGCGGAUGAGCUGCAUGGCCUGUCGGCCAGCUACAGCCGUCCGGGGGCCCACUCGCCGGAUGACCUCAACCGCCACUACCUGGAGGCCAACCUGAAGUUCCAGGCGGGCCACUUCGCCUGUCCGGUCACGUGGUGCGCCCAGUUCGCUCUGCACCCGCGCCUGCGCGGUCCGGCGCACGCGGCCGCGCCUGGGCUCGCCUACCUACGCCAGGCGCUCGAGACGUUUGCCGUCACCAACCGGCGCAACAUGUUCGUCUUCAAGGACCCCAAGCUGGAGCAGGUGUUCUACCUCAGACUGCAGGAGUGCUGUGCAGCCAGUGCUCGCGCCUCUGGUGACAGUGCGUCGGCCCUGUCCCUGGACGAGCGUCUCUCGCUGCAGCCUGGCAGACCCAGCAUCACCAGUCUCAAAGACGAGCCGGCCCGGGGCCGCUGCACCUCCGUGGGCGAGCGGGAGACCAGCUCGCGAGCAGAGUCCGGCGAGGGCAUCAUGCUGAUGGUGCACGGCAUCACCGAGCCAGGCCCCAGCAUUAAGGAGGAUCUGGUGGAGCUGCUGUACAACCGGCUGGACGAGCGGCUUCUGGAGCUGUUCUCCAAGGCGCUGCUGCGAAACCCGCAGACCAAGCUGGCACCCGAGGACGUGCACUUCAUCCAGCGGCCGGGGGCGCCGCCCGACCACAGCCUCAAGUUCACCCUGCCGCCGUCGGCCGUGCCGCACCUCGACUCGGUGGUCGGCUACCUGCGCAACAACCUGCUGCAGCUGCUGCACCAGCCCAAGUACACCGACAGCCGUGAGGAGAACCACUUCCGGGACUGGGGCAGCAGCGGGGACUCGGACAUGUUCCUAUACCUGCCGUCGGAGAAGCACGGCGGCCGCGGCAUGGCCUGCGUCUCCCUGUCGACGGUGCGGCCGUCGGCGCCGCCACCGCCGCCGCCGCUGCCCCUGCUGGAGGCCGCCGCAAUAGAGUGGACGCCCGCUCAGUUCGAGGCGCUGACCAGCACCAAGCUGUACGACCCACAACGGGACGGUCCGGACGCCGUGCUGCUCCAGUUCAACAUCUGGGAGAAGGGCCGUGCCAACCUGGCCUGGCUCGAGCCGCGCCUGCCCUCGGCCAUCCGGUACGCGCUCUGGGACCGCUGCAUGGUCUGCCACGUGCUGCCGCACGCGCCGCUGGAGGGCGCCGGCGGCCGCGAUCUGGCGGCCGCACUGCGAGCGGGCCGCGCGCCGGACGAGGCGGCCGGCUCCAGCCUGGCCCGCUUCCUGGACAGACGCAUCUCGUCACCGGUGACCCAGCUUCAGCAGGAGCGUCGGCGCAGCGUCGCCAGCUCUGCUCCCCUGGACGGCUCGCCGCUGUCGCUGGACGCGCCGUUGGGCUCGGGCCAGUCCACCCCGCGCACCGCGGGGGAGGCCACGCCACUGCGCUCCAUGUACGGUGACGACCUGCGCCGGUGGCUGGAGUUCGGAAGCGAUCUGAGCGUGCCCAACCUGCGGCGCCACGCAGUCCAGCUGAGCAACAGGUACACGGUGGGCGCGUUCCUGUCGGGCCUGAUGCGGGUGGUGCAGGAGGAGUGCCCUUCGCUAAGCUGCCACCUGUGCCGCGCCACCGAGGCCGGCCCGCACGUGCUCUGCGACGUGGCAGAGGUGGACGGCGACAACUGCGACGGACUGAUCCUGGUCGGCCACGGAUACAGAGACGACUACGCGCGCGCUGUGGCGCACCGUCUGAGCUUCAGCGGCCAGCUGCAGGGCUCGGGCUCUACCGAGGGCGGCGCGGCGCAGUGUUCGUCUGUGCCGCCGUCGCCCGGUCCGGCCAGCGCCGGCCUGGUGUUCCGCUCGCCCGGGGAGACGGCUGGCUCGGCCGGCCCACCGCCGCCCCGACAGAAGCUGGCCUGGGCGCGCGUCCAUGACAAACAGGUGGAGCUGUACACCUACAACUGGCCCAAGGAGAAGUGGGAGCACCUGCACCACAAGAGCUCGGACCUCUGUCAGUGGACCAACGCGCGCUGCUCCCUGCUGCACUCAAUCGUUGCGCAGAAGCUGGGCCUGUUUCAUCACCAGCCGUUCACCAGGCGUCACGACCAGUCCACCGACCAGGGGACCAACAUCUACCAGAACCAGAUGUCGCACAUCGUGCAGCUGAUCCGGCAGGCGGCGCCACCGUCGCAGCCGGCGGGGCCGCAUCGGCCCGGCGGCGGUCGGACCAGGCUCUUCACCGAGACGCUGCGGGACUGCAAGCCGGGCCCGCUGCCGCCGCCCGGCCCGGCCGCCGACGCCGUGUGCCGCCACGGCCAGCAGCUGACCGAGGUGUACCGCGUCAACAGGAAGGGAGACGAACAGAAGAAGUUGUACCACCAGUGCCAGACGCUGGAGUCGCUCGACAAGGACUCGACCAUGGAGAGUUUCGUGCGUCUUCUGAAGGGCUCCGGCCGUCUGCUGCACUUCUGCUUCACGCCGCUACUGCUGCUGCCGUCCUGGCACGUCGCGGCCGACGAGCGCUGGCACGAGACCCUCUGCACGCUGCUGCUCGGCGAGUACCUGCAGUACCUGCAGAAGAUGGGCUUCCUGCCGCUGCAGUACGGCCUGAAGGGGCCGCGCCGGCCGGAGGCGGCCGAGCCGGCCGUCGUCGCAUACCUGUACAGGGUGAUCCUGGGCGGCGGCGGCUACCUGCUCUUCCAGAUCGGCGUCGAGGAGCCCUUCUUCUACGUCAAGCUGUACGCGCUGGAGGGGCUGCGCGUGCGGCUGCGCGGCCGCGCGGCGCCCAUCAACCCACAGAUGGUGCAGAGCUACCUGGCCGAGUGUGACGACAUCCGGGCGCACACCCACCUGCACUCGUACAUGCACGACUACCACCUCCGCAUGAUGCAGCAGUACGUCGGCGGGCGGCCGCUGCUACUCCGCCAGGGCCUGCACAUCAUCUCCUUCCUGGAGGACUUCUACAACUACUACCCCAAGGGGCCGACGCACGCGCGCAACUUCAUGGCCACAGGCUCGGUCACGUUCGAGGAGCAGACCUCCACCACACCGGACCAGCUGUACAACUACCUGCUGACGCACGAGAAGCGCUACAAGAUGCGCGUGCUGCGGAUGAUCCCGCUGUUCGAGGACAGCGGCGAGGAGACGACCGAGGACGAGUACGUGCUGGUGCAACUGAACCAGCGCGAGGUGCGGCGGGCCGAGCCGGCGCAGCAGCCGGUGGUGUACGACCUGGCGCUGGUCGUCUCCCGCGACUUGGCCGACCCGGCCGCCGACACCCGGCUCCGGCUCAAGUUCUACGUGCUCAUGACCAGCAGGGACAUCUAUCCCAAGGUGUUCAUCGAGAGGAAGUUCGAGAACUACCGGCGCGUGGAUACGGCACCCGGCGUCCUGGCCGACCCGCCGACGGCCCCCUCCUCCGGCUCGGUGGUAGUCCGCGAUCGCCGCUCGCAGAGGUCCGAGACGAGUGGCACUAGCAGCGAAGACGCCACCGGCACCAGCAGCUCCGGCAGCGGCUUCUUCAGCUCGUACAGCACUCUCAGGCCCGAGUCGGUGCACUACCUGGGCUACUUUUCGUCGCACGAGCAGUACAUGCAGGUGGUGCUGGCCGACGAGGUGGAGCGGGUGCGCCGGCGGAUCCUGGAGGUGGUGGGCCGGGCCAAGGUCCACUGCAGCCAGGCGGACGCGUUCACCAGACGAGACUCACUCUGGCAGCGGCUCAGGGAGGAGGACGAACGGACCCGCGGCUCGUCGGCAGGCGGGCUGAGCUGUGCCGAGAUGACGGAGCUGCUGACGCUGGUCUGCUGCCAGCCGCUAGAGGACAUCGACCCCAGGCUGAGCCCGCUGGUGCAGCAGCCGCUCAGCUGGUACUCGGGUCUCAUCCGCACGCUCACGCACAAGUACUCGGACUCGCAUCGCUGGCGUAUGAUCUUGGCUGCUGUCUCAGCUCCGGCGCUCUCCAAGCCCGCCUAG